AUGCGUCGCAAAUCCGAGGCCCUUCGCAUUGCAAUGCAAACUAACAUCUCGUUGCCACUCAAGCUUCAAGUCCAAUCUCUCUUUGAGGCUAGGUGCCCUCCGCAUCCAAGGACAGCGGUAAAUUAUUUGAAACAGAUUGGACUUUCUGAAUCGCAGAUUCUAUCCAUGAUUGGUGUUCAACCCGAAAUAUUGUUCUUGCGUGUCGAUGAAACCCUGAAGCCGAAAAUUGAGUACCUUAAGCUGCUAGGGUUUCAGGGCUCUGAAUUGGCUAAGCUUCUGUCCAAGAAUCCAAUUUUUUUGAUGUUGAGUUUGAAUAAAACGUUGGUGCCCUCUGUGGAGGCUAUUAGGAAAAUAGUUAAUGUAGAGGAAGAUUUGAUUAAGUUGCUUCGCAGAGAUGGGAGUUGGAUAAUCAAAGACCACAGAAAGAUUUUGCGCAAUGCUUCUUUCUUCCAGAGUUGUGGGAUCGUUGGGUCUCAGCUUUCACAUUUAUGCGUACAACAUGCUCGCCUUUUUGUCAUGCGAGAGUCCGUGCUUCGAAGCUAUGUUUCACGGGCUGUAAACAUGGGUUUCUGCAUACACUCAAGAAUGUUGGUACAUGCGGUCCUGGCAAUUAGUGGCUUAAGCUUUGAUACGUUUAACAAAAAGUUGGAGUCAAUUCAGAGUUGCGGGUUUUCUAAACAAGAGACCAUGCAAAUGCUUAGAAAGGCUCCCUCGUUGCUUCAUCGAUCUGAGAAGAAUCUAAAAUUUGGAAUUCAAGCGUGCUUUGGUAAAAUUAUGCUGCCUAAGUCACUGCUUGUUAAGAACCCUGUGAUUUUGACGUUAAGCUUGGAGAAAAGGGUGAUUCCUCGAUGGAGGGUUUUGCAACUCCUAAUCUCAAAAGAGUUACAUAAGAAGAAUCCAAGUUUUCUUAAAGUGCUACUAUUGCCGGAGGGGAAAUUCUUGCAGGAGUAUAUUUUCAAGUUUAGCUAUGAUGUAGAGGCAUUAUUAGCAGCUUACAAGAGUCAGCAUAGAGGAAGGAAUGGGAGUUUCAAUUCUGACGCCAUUUUUCUCAGUUAACAUUUGUAACUUUAUAGUUGAGUUGGCAAAAUUUCUCUACAAUUACAACUCUAAUUUGAAUGAUAUGCAUUGUAAAUUCGAGUUUUGUAGAUCUUAUUUACUCGUCAUGAUCUAUUUGUGUAUGAAUCAAAAGAAAAUAAGAACCUUCAAAAUAACCCCCUCACCUUGUGUCCCUUUCCUGACUCUGUAAAUCUGCCAUAUCCUCUGAAUAGCAGCAUC